AUGGUUGUUAAGCCAAAUAUAAAAGAAGCAGUUGAAGGCAACAAUGAUCUUCUUACAACUAUUUUACUCCUCCUCUCACCAAAGCCACUCUUCAAAUGCAAACUUGUUUGUAAAAGAUGGCAAUCUCUAAUCUCUGAUCCCAAAUUUGUUUCCUUUUGGAGGCUUAAAACUCCUUCUUUGGGUAGCCUUUUUGUCAAUAGAUUUUGGCGCAAAGACAACAAGAGUUUUAAGUACUAUAUUUCUUUUACUGAUAAUGGAUUAAUCUACUCUGAAGCUUCUCUCAAAGGUUUACAAAAUCCUUAUGGCGAAGGUGUUGUGAUUUUGAAUUCUUGUGGUGGUUUACUU